CCAUAUCGUUACGCGACAUCUUCGUUCAUUGAAGAUCUUUGGUGCCAUUGACAGCGUGUGGACGACCACUUUGGCGCACGCGCACAUCCUCAGAUGUCAACUAACAAGAUAGGCUUUACACACAGGGAAGUCCUAAUUCCCUUACAAGUAAGGUUUUUUUUAACAGCGAAAAGUUAUGAGGUAGAUAGGUGGUUUAGCGGACAACUACACUAAGAUUUGGUUCCCCAAGCUGGCAUUGCCUCGGUGAAAAUGGACCAGGAGUUUGAGGACAUUGAGUCCGGGGGCCGGUGGCAGAAACUGUACAUGGAAAUCAGGAAUCAGUCCCACGAGUGCGCCUACAAGGUGGCAAAGUAUCCAGAAAAUCGCAUACGCAACCGAUACAGAGACGUCAGUCCAUUUGAUCACAGUCGAGUCAAGCUGAAGAACGCCGACAACGACUACAUCAACGCCAGCCUGGUUGUCAUGGAAGACGCUCAGAGACGUUAUGUACUGACUCAGGGUCCCCUCAGGAAUACAUGUGGUCACUUCUGGCUCAUGAUCUGGGAGCAAAAGACCAAAGCGAUCAUCAUGCUCAACAGGGUCAUCGAGAAAGGCUCGGAAAAGUGUGCCCAGUACUGGCCCACGGCCGAAGACCGAGAGAUGGCCUUUAAAGACACGCGCUUCUCGGUCACGCUGUUGUCAGAAGAGAUCAAGUCUUACUACACCACCAGAGUUCUGGAGCUGCUGAAUGUCAACACGGGGGAGAAAAGAGAAAUCCACCACUUUCAUUACACCACGUGGCCCGACUUUGGCGUUCCAGAAUCCCCAGCGUCGUUCCUCAACUUUCUAUUCAAGGUGCGCGAGUCAGGGGCUUUGGGAGCGGAUCACGGGCCGGCCGUGGUGCACUGCAGCGCCGGAAUCGGACGCUCUGGUACAUUUUCGCUAGUGGACACAUGCCUGGUGUUGAUGGACAAGAGAAAAGAGCUGUCAGUGGACAUAAAAAAGAUUCUUCUGGACAUGAGGAAAUACCGCAUGGGUCUUAUUCAGACUCCUGACCAGCUGCGCUUUUCCUUCAUGGCAGUGCUAGAAGGAACCAAGAGCAUCAUGGGAGACUCCACAGUGCAGAAUAAAUGGCGAGAGUUGUCCCGGGAAGACCAGGCACCCGCAACUGACUCCCCUCCCUCCACCCAGCCUCAAGUCCACAGUCCCACAGAGCGAUGCAACGGCAGCCAGCAGACGCGGUCGCCCGACGAGCAAGAAGAUUACCGGCAGGACGGCAAGAGCCAAACAGAGUCCCCCUGCAGGGAUCAGGACAACAGCACAACAGCACAAAAACGACGCAGAGACGACGGCUUAUAUGUAACGGCCGCAGUCACAACAGGCCAAAGGACAAGCGACGCUGAGAGGAAGAGGAAAAGUUUGGGCUGCAUUUGCUGCACAUGACCCGGCAGCAAAAACCAUCGACUCUUGACUUCUGCUCUCUAUGCCAACCAAAGUUACAUUCAAGGGCAACGCCGGCAGCAAAACAUCGGCAGAAAACACCAGCUGGCCUCACUUCCACGAGCGUUCCUCAUCCAUCCAAGUUUAGGUUUUAGCUCUUCAGCACACUUCCUCAUCAUCACUCUCCAAACAUAACACACACAGACAUUACUCAAGCAGACACCAGCAAGUUUUACUACAUUUAUACAGACUGAAACAAUUGCUAUGCAUUGCUGUUUUAUAAAUGUGUAUUUUUCCAGGGGUGGAAAUUAAAAUGUUUCUAUUUUUUAUAAGAGUACUUGAAGUUUUCCACAGCGAUGCGGCAAAAGUCAGUGGCAUGUAUAUUUUUUUGUUCAACUCAAAAAACAAAAGUAUUGUUACACAUGAAUUAAAUUUGAUGACAAUUUCUUA